AUGGGCAGACGAAGACUUCCGGUAGCAAAUACAGCCACAGAGACCUUUGUGACAACUCCAGCAGUGGCCUCGGCAGCAGAUUGUGAUUUGCUGCCAAUUGCAUUGACAGUCGCUCACUUUUUGUCCAUGUACUCUAAGGGGAAAUGGAAUUUGUCGCAGGUGCCUUGUCCGCCGUGUUUGGAAGACACAGAGUUUUUGGCCGCCCCAGAAUGCUACUCCGAGAAGAAGAGGCCCAAGGUCGUUGAACUGUACAUGAAAUUAAAGCAUUGGGACCACCCUGAGCUCUUCAAGCCCACUCUGAUAAAGAUCAGAAAAAUGUUCGGCUUAAGCGGAGCCAGCAUUUCUCUCAUUAGUGGUUCGAGGACCUUCAUAAAAUACGAGACUCGCCUAGGUUUCCGGGAGAUUGCCCGAGACAUACUGAUAGACGCUCAUUGCAUCUUAUCUGACAAUGGGUUUGUGUUGCUUGAUACAGCAGCCGACUGGAGAACCAAACGCAAUCCGUUAGUCACUGGUCCACCACACAUAAGAUUCUAUUCGGGAGCACAUUUGAUGGAUCCGAGCGGUGUAGUGAUUGGCACCUUGGCAAUCUUCGACAGCUAUCCAAAAAUGUCAUUCUCGGAGCAGCAAGUUCGAGACUUGAAGCAGUUAGCAAAGGAAGUGAUGGAGAUUUUGGCUACACCCUAUGAAGUUAUCAUGGGCAAACAGAGCGCCUCGUCUUUAGAAGAAAAUAAGACAGUGGAUGCCGAGAUCCGGGCACUCUCGGAGAAAUUGGGACGAGCAACAUCUAGGGGAAAUGGAAUGACAGUUUUCGAAAGAGACGGUUCCGGAGACCCCUACUCACAGAACCAGAAGCUUCGAGUCACUAUGAAGGGCGAAAACAGCACCACUAUUAGUGUUGGGUGUUUGAGCGAUAGCGAAAGGAAGAAAGUACAUGCUAAAAUAUCCAACUUGGCCACAUUGAAACUAGCUGCGGAAGCUAUGUGUAAGUCAAUAGCAAUUGCUCACAAGGCGGACUUCGUAUGUAUCUUGGAGGUUCGAAUGGCUGAUCUCUACACCAUCUCUAAAGAAUACUUGCCCAAUAAUACUAAGAAGAUCGACAUGGAAAGCUUCAAGCACGCCAACAAAUUGAUGAAAUGCAGACGCAAAUCUCAGAUUGGCGAGUAUUUCCAGGCUCGAAUGUUGGGUAUCUGUGGUAGCGAGUAUCACCUUGUAGGAUUUGACGAGCUUCUCUUGAAGAAGACUUUUCUGCAUGACAUUGGCGUCCAUUAUACCAAUUUGCACCGAAAUACAAAGUACAACAGAGGUGUGUUGAUGACCAUUCAUAAAAAUGACACCAAGCUUGUGCGGCGAUCAAAGAAGAACGCAAAGGAGUCCAAUGUAGAGGUGUACUUGAGAUAUGGGGGGUACAUUUUGGGUGUGUUCAACCAAUCCAGUGAACAGAGUGAUUUCACUCUGUCGGAGGUUUCAAGGUUGUAUGAUCGAGUGAGUUUUCUCCGUAAGCUCUAUCUUUAG